CUGCUUCCCCCAGAAUAACUUGGAUUCAAUACUUUUGCCUCUGCGGGUCUCUCAGGCGAUGGGGACGGGCCCCCGCCGAGGACCGCAACAGUAGAAGGGGCCCAGGGCUGCGCGCUCUGAGUCAGGCGGCCCCAGCGCCGAGCGCCGCCAGGAGGGCCCAGUGCGCGGCUCCGCGGGGACUAGCGCUCUAGGGGCGGGGGCGGCCUCGGCGUGCGGCUCCGCCGGCGGGCAGGAGGCGGCGGCGGGUGGACGAGAUGGAAGUGAAAGACGCAAAUGCUGCACUGCUGAGUAACUUUGAGGUUUUCCAGUUACUUACCGAUCUUAAGCAGCAGCGCAAAGAUAGUGGAAAACACAAACAGAGCUCUGGCCAGCAGAAUCUGAACACUAUCAUGUACGAAACAUUGAAAUACAUAUCCAAAACACCAUGCAGAUUCCAAAGUCCUGAGAUUGUGAGAGAUUUCCUCAUAGCAAUGAAAGGCCAUAAACUAACCAAAGCAGAAAAGCUACAGUUGCUUAACCACAGGCCAAUGACUGCAGUUGAGAUACAGCUGAUGGUAGAGGAAAGUGAAGAAAGACUAACAGAAGAGCAGAUUGAGUCACUUCUUCAGACAGUCUCCAGCAUUCUUCCAGGGAACCCAGAGGAAGAGCUGCAGAGACAGGCGACAAUGGCAGCUGAAGAAGAUGAUGACCCAGAAUAGACAGCAUCUGAACCUAAGUUGGCAACAUCAUCAAAAGCUUAAUGAGAAAAGAACCAGCUAAACUUUUUGAUUGCAAAGACCAUGUCUGGGGUUUUUCACCCACGGCUUAAUCUUGUGUGACAUCACUGUACAGUAUAUGAAUGUUUUAUUGUAUAAAUCAUGAGAGCAACAGUUGUUUAUAAGAAACAUAAAUCAAAGGAGAGCUCUCAUGUCAGCCUUUUGUGAGAUGUGAGAAAGAUAGUAACUGGUUUCAUAACACAGCAGUUUGUGACAUAGUGAAAAUAAACCUUAUGCUUGAAUAUUCUUUUUUUCCAUUACCCAUGUAACAGCUGUUCUUUUCUGAGUAGGGUUAUAUGCAGCUGGCAAUGUUCUAAUUAUCAUAGCAAUACACUAUAAUUAUAAUUGAUUUAAUAUGUUUUUGAAUUACUCAACUGUUUUCCAGAGUGCAGUUUACAAUGCAGUGUCCAUUCUGUAUGGAAGAAGCCAUUUCAGGGUAUCAAUACACAGUUAGAAUAAAGUUCAAAAAUUGUUUAAUAUCCAUAUAAGAUCAGUAGUAAUAGAUCCUUAUAACUACUACUAUCUUUAGGGUUAUACCAUGGAAGUGGAAGGAAUGUAAAGGCUGUAUUGAUAUGGUAACUAGUCUCAAGGACACCUCUGAUAUGACCCUAUGCUUAUUUUAAAUAUAGGGCCAGAUCCUCAGCUGAUUUAAAUGGACAGAAUCCCACAAAGUCAAGAGAGCUAUGCUGAUUCACACCAGUCGAGGAUCUGGCCGAUAAAGUUCGGGUUUUCAGUAAUGCAAACAAACAAAAAUUAGAAGUAUAAGGCUGCUUUUUUCUUUUCUUUUCUUUGAAUCACCUGUUGUCUAGGUCUUACAUGUAGAAGAUUGCACAGUCCACAUGAGCUAUGCUAUCAUGGCACAACUGGGUGAGUUAAUGAUGACACGAGAGCCUUAACUAUGAAUUUCCCUAUUUUGUUUUCAGAAGUUUAAUGAGGCUCAGUCCUUGCUCAAGCAAAACUUCCACUGAAGUCAAUAGGAAUUUUGUCUGACCACAGACUACAGGAUCAAGCACUUAAUGUUGAAAGUGUCAGAGAUCGUUAAAUCACAAAUCGUACAUAUAUGGUAACAGGCCACGCUGUUUCUUCUUAUGCUAUGACUGCAAACAAAAAUUGUACCAAUCAUUAUAAUGUGUUAAAAGCCGAAAUAAAAAGUUUGAAAAAAC